AUGGCUGACAAGAAACGUGUCUUGACCACCAGCUGGGGUCAUCCAGUUGACGACAACCAAAACUCUGUGACUGCAGGUCCUCGUGGCCCGACUCUGCUUUCCGACUCCCAUCUCAUUGAUAAACUUGCAUCAUUUGAUAGAGAAAGAAUUCCAGAACGCGUUGUCCAUGCUAAAGGUGCAGGAGCUCACGGAUACUUUGAAGUUACCCAUGAUGUUACUAAAUACUGCAAGGCUAAGUUCCUAUAGAAUUUAAUAGAAGUUUUGGCAAUUUUAUAGGAAAAUAACAAUAUUUUUUAGCGAAAAAAGAAAUUAUUCUCUAAAUAUAUAUAGAGGAUUUUUAUGAAAAAAUAUAAAUAAAAUCGGGAAAAGAACACCAGUCUUUGCAAGAUUUUCUACUGUAGGAGGUGAAAAAGGCUCAGCUGAUACCGAAAGAGACCCUCGCGGCUUUGCCCUAAAGUUCUAUACUGAAGAAGGCAACUGGGAUAUGACUGGAAAUAACACCCCAAUCUUCUUUAUUAGAGACGCCAUCAAAUUCGCAGAUUUCAUUCACACUCAAAAGAGAGACCCUCAAACCAACCUGAAGUGUGCCAAUAUGUUUUGGGAUUUCUUAGGCAAUGUCCCAGAGUCUUGCCAUCAAGUAACUUACUUAUUCGGGCCUAGAGGUGUCCCAGAUGGUUACAGACAUAUGAAUGGCUACGGAUCCCAUACCUUUAAAUGGGUCAAUGCUAAAGGUGAAGAUUUCUUCGUCAAAUUCCACUUCAAAAUUGAAGGUGGCUGCAAAAACCUCAAGGCUGACGUUGCAACCAGGCUUGCUGGUGAAGAUCCUGACUAUGCAACUAGAGACCUUUUCAAUCACAUUGCAUCAGGAAAAGAAGUCGUCUGGAACUUCCAAGUACAAGUAAUGCCUGCUGAAGUAGGAGAAAAAUACAAGUGGGACAUCUAUGACGUCACCAAGGUCUGGCCUCACAGUGACUGGCCUUUGAUUCCAGUCGGCCGCUUACUCUCUUUUUGUGAGGGAACAAUACUAUUCGAAAAUUCCCAUUUUUUUGGUUGGAAAUUAUGAUAAGUAACGAUUUUUUUAAUAUUAAAAAUUUCCUUUUUUAUAAGUAAUAAUAAUCUAGAUAAUUCUAAUGAACGCUGACAUAUAAAACAGAAAUUUUAUAAAUUAAUUUAUUCCAUUUUUGUGAUUUGGAACUUCAAAAAACAUAUUAAAAUAAUAAAUCUAAUGAUCAAAACAAUUUGGCUCUCUUACAGAAAAGGCAGUUAGUGCUCAACCGCAAUCCUACCAACUAUUUCGCUGAAGUCGAACAAUCAGCAUUCUCCCCAGCCCACCUCGUCCCAGGUAUUGAAGCUUCCAACGAUAAAAUGCUCCAAGGCAGACUUUUCUCUUACAAUGACACCCACCGACAUAGAGUUGGAGCCAAUUUCAUGCAAAUCCCAAUCAACUGUCCUUACAUGGCCAGAGUCGCAAACUACCAAAGAGACGGUCCAGCCAGCGUCGGCGGAAACUUCGGAAGCGAGCCUAACUAUGAGCCAAACACCGUUGAAGGCACUCCUAAACAAGACCCAGAAACCAGAAAAAAGCCAUACGAAGUCAAAGGUACAGCCGCAAGACACCCUUACACCCACCCUAAUUCAGACUUCGAGCAGCCUGGUGCCUUAUUCAGACGAGUUUUCUCUGACGAAGAUAAAAAAGACACCCUUUCCAACCUUGCUGGCCAUAUGAAAAAAAUAACCAGAAAAGAAAUCGCAGAAAGACAAUGCGGGAAUUUCUAUAAGUGUGACCCUGAAUACGGAGCUAAGCUUGCACAAGCCCUCGGAGUCGCUGUUCAUGGAGCUAAGCUUUAA